GAUUCGUCAGCGAUUUGUCAUUUUCGCAACGGAUUCUACUGUAUGAGUGCGAAAAAUUUUGUUGUCCUGUUGAUGCUGUUCACUGGAUUUCUUAGGAAAUAGACGGAAAAUUCGAUUUGCGGAUAAAAAGAAAAACCAACCGUCCGUUCGGUCUUGUCAUCUCGUCAGUUGACAAAAGAAAAAUUAUAUGAGAGCAAAUUAGAAACUUGUCGUGAGUUGAGGUUCAGUGAGUAGCGAAAGUGGAUAGUGACCUUGCAAGCGUUGACAAUGCAAGUUGCUUGUCUUUCUGGGCCGUGGUAUACCGGUCAUUGUCCCACGCUUAAAUUCAGAUUCGGCAAACGAUAUGGCGCUAGUACAAAGGAAAUUAUAAGGGAAAUGGGUGAGAAAGGGUUGUGGGCCAGACACAUAGCCAACACAAGAUACAGGGAGCACGACCCGGUGAAGGGGCUCCUGGAUGGAGGUGAGUUCAGGCCGAUCGAAAGGGCCAAGGGCCAGUACAAUAGGAACUUGCCAAAUGGUGCAAAUAGAACAAGACCAUACAUAAUGGGAUAUACAGGAUAUAUUCCUGGAAUGAAUUUCAUCUAUGGUAAAUCAUAUUUACAAGCAGCUGACGAAAGUCUUAGCAAGUACGAAAUAAGGAAAGCGUCGUUGGAGUGCAAAAAGGAAUUUGAGAUGCCACAUAGGAAUUAUGAGCGAAAAUUUCAAAAGCUUCAACAGACAUACCCUAAUGACAAAUUAACGGCAGCACUGAUGGAUUUAGAAGAGAAAUAUAAGUACAAAGUUGAGCAUAUUUCGCCAGAGCAACCCCCGAUUGCUGGCUAUACGGGUCAUAUUCCUCGAAUUAAAUCAACCGAGACUUCCUUAAGCCAAAGAUACCACACUGCAGCAAAACGUGGCCUUUACCUCCUCCAACAGGACAGGCAAAGAUACAACAGAGCUAACGAUAGCCUUUCAAAACCACCGAUACCGACACCAGUUUGCUGAAUGGCAGGCAUUUGAAGUCGACAAUAAUACAAUACUUGAAUUUUGAAAAAAAAACUUUUUUUCCUAAUUUUUUCUGUGAUGUCACAAUAUGUGAAAAUAUUGGAUGAAACAUCAUUCUUUUUGCAGGCAGAUAAACCAAAACAAUAGACAAUUGCAACAAAUACUUGUCAAAUAGGACUAAGUUAUACAAUUUAAGUACAAUUUACGAAUAAUAAUUAUUUAUAUUACUGUAAUUAAAAUACAAAUGCUUAUCACUUCAUUUUCUAAAAGCAUUUGUUGCAAAUAAUUGUGGAUAAAUUCUUAGCCAAUAUUUUUUGUUCUUGAAAUAUUGGUUUUAAGAAAAAAA